AUGGAAGUCAAUUUAUUCAGCAAUUCUACUGUUGUAAACACUUCAUCCAUCAACCAUAAGCAGUUAGAAGGGCAUAGUCUCUGGGAAGUCAUUACUAUUGCCACAGUAACUGCAAUUGUAAGCCUAAUAACCAUAGUGGGAAAUAUUCUUGUAAUGAUAUCCUUUAAAGUUAACAGUCAGCUCAAAACUGUCAACAAUUACUACUUGCUCAGCCUUGCCUGUGCAGAUCUCAUCAUUGGGAUAUUUUCUAUGAACCUUUAUACAUCCUAUAUACUCAUAGGCCAUUGGACUCUUGGAAGUCUUGCCUGUGACCUGUGGCUAGCACUGGACUAUGUAGCUAGCAAUGCCUCAGUGAUGAACCUCCUAGUCAUCAGUUUUGACAGAUAUUUUUCCAUCACAAGGCCUUUAACUUACAGGGCCAAACGCACACCCAAAAGAGCUGGCAUCAUGAUAGGUAUGGCUUGGCUAAUUUCCUUCAUGUUGUGGGCACCCGUAAUAUUGUGCUGGCAGUAUUUUGUGGGUGAGCGAACUGUACCACCUGAAGAGUGCCAGAUACAGUUUCUGUAUGAACCCAUUGUUACCUUUGGCACUGCAAUUGCUGCUUUUUACAUUCCAGUGUCUGUGAUGACCAUUCUGUACUGCCGCAUUUAUAAAGAGACUGAGAAACGCACCAAGGACCUCGCUGAGCUGCAGGGCUCAGAGUCUGUGGCAGAGUUUGAGACAGUAAAGCCUCAGAAAACUCUCCUGAAGUCUUGCUUCAGUUGCAAGCAACAAAACUUAGUAAAAAGAGAAAGGUGUCAGGCUUCUUGGUCUUCAUCUAGUCGAAGUACGUCAGCUACAGUGAAGGCCUCCCAGGCAGCGAGUACUUGUAUGGACUGGGCUAAGGCUGACCAGUUAACCACCUGCAGCAGCUAUGCAUCAUCAGAAGAUGAGGAUAAACUUGCCACUGACUCAGUUUUCCAAGUAACUUACAAAAGCCCAUCUAAAAGUAAGGCAGAAGAGUAUAAUGAGACUACAGAUGUUGUUGUCAAAGACCAACCUGAAGAAAGUGAUUUUGAGAACCAGAAAUACUUUUUGUCACCUACCAAAGAACAUGUACAAAAAAGUAAAAAAUGUGUGGCCUAUAAAUUUCGUUUGGUGGUUAAGGCUGAUGGCACCCAGGAAGCCAACAAUGGUUGCCGAAAAGUAAAAAUAACUCCUUGCUCUUCUGCUCUGUCAAAGGACCCUUCCAUCAAAAGCAUGGAUCCAAAUAUUAAUAACCAAAUCACCAAAAGGAAACGGAUGGUUCUUAUAAAGGAACGCAAAGCGGCACAGACUUUAAGUGCCAUCCUUUUGGCUUUUAUCAUCACAUGGACACCCUAUAAUAUCAUGGUUUUGAUCUCCACAUUUUGCUCUGACUGCAUUCCCCUGACACUGUGGCACCUUGGAUAUUGGCUAUGCUAUGUGAACAGCACUGUUAACCCCAUGUGUUAUGCCCUCUGUAAUAAAACUUUCAGGAAAACUUUUAAGAUGCUGCUUUUCUGCCAGUGGAGAAAGAAAAAAGUGGAAGAGAAACUAUACUGGCAGGGCAAUACCAGAUUGCCAUAA